AAUAAUAGUAACAAUAGUAACUCGAACUCGAACACAAAUACCAACAACAAUAAUAAUAAUAAUAAUAAUAAUAGUCCAAAAAUGGGCUCACGCCGCAUUUUUACACCACAGUUUAAGUUGCAAGUCUUGGAAUCGUAUCGCAAUGAUAACGAUUGUAAGGGUAAUCAACGAGCUACUGCCCGUAAGUAUAAUAUACAUCGAAGACAAAUACAGAAAUGGCUUCAAUGCGAAUCUAGUCUUCGGUCCUCCGUCGCUAAUAUAAAUCAAAGUACCGUAAGACAUCAAUUUCAUAAUAUUAAUAUGCAACCGCCACAACAUCAACAACAGAGUCAACAACAAAAGCUCACAGUAGUGCCUACGAUCGUUCAACAUACAGGCGUACAGAGUAUUACGUUAGAUUCACCUAGACAAACUGUUGCGCUCAAUACAAUAAUGGUGCCAGCGUUGACGCAAGGAGUUGUGCCUUCAUCAUCAUCAUCAUCAUCAUCACAAGAAGCCUUUACAGCAGCAAAUUUGGCAGCGGUUGUGGCAGCAGCUGCCGUUGCUAGUGCUGCCGAAGCUAUGGCAAUCGCUAGUUCAUCAACUACGGGUACGACAACAUCGUCAAAAAAUGUCGUAUCACCCUUACGACCGACGGCAAUUAUAGGUGCAAGUAGUAGUACUGCAACUACAAUGUCACCUUCUCUACUCCAUCCACACCACCACCAUCAUCAUCACCAUCACUACGGAAUUCCGUCGUAUACACAUACAACCGCCACCGGUUUACCAAUUUCUGUGCCAAUUCUAGCCCACAGCAUUUCUCAUCAUUCACAAACACAGCAACAACAACAACAGCAACAACAACAACAACAACAACAGCAUCAGCAGCAGCAGCAACAGCAGCAGCAACAACAACAGCAACAUCAACAUCAACACCCAUACCAAUACCAUAACCUAUCCAAUCAGAGCCAAACAAUAAUACAUCAAUUCAGCGAACAGCAGCAGUUGUCACCAUUUGUGCCGUCAGCAAGUCUACCCACCAUUACCUUGUCGGCAACUGCAGUUUCAUUAGCUCCCGCUAUAUUAAAAAAGCAAACAGUCGGGGUAGAGAAAACAGAAAAAAUUCAUAGCGACGAGGAAUCACAUGAAACGAAAACAUCAGCAUUUACAGAAACGACGACAGGAAAUAGCAACUAUGUAUACGUGCAUAAUAACGACCAACAACAGCAACAACAACAGCAACAACAACAGCAACAACAUCAGCAACAGCUAUACAACAAAUGCAACGAGAAUGAAGCAAAAGAUAUGACUAAUGUUAAUACUACAACUACACUGCCACUAUAUAAUCAAUAUGAGAGCAAUGAACAUCUUCACGUUGAGUUUCCUGUCCAAUGCCCCAUGGAUCUUUCGUUAGGCAAUCGUCGAGAUUGUUUAAAUGAAACUAUAUCAACGCAAGCAAUUCAUGAGCAAAAUUCAAAUUCUAAAGUUACGACGGAAAUCAAGGCCGCGGAAUUAACACCAGCAGCAACAAGUGUUGACAAUAACGUUGUCGACUUAACUUUUAGAAAACGUAAGGUAAUUAACUCUUUAAGCUGCAACGAAGAAGAAUAUAAGCAAAUAAAUUCGGAUUUGCCUGAAAAGCAGACUAAACGUUGCGUUGAUAAUAAUAACGAGAGCAAGGAAUGUUUGAAAAAUUCAAAUAAAAUGCCCGAACAACAACAGCAGGCUGAUGAUGAGGAUAUUGAGAUCGAAGUUGAUAUAGAAGAGGAGGAAAAAAUUCCGCCAUCUAAACCGAUUAAAUUAUUUAAGCCUUAUUUAUUGGAUGACGAUGAAUAUAAUAAUAGCGGUAAUGAUAAGAAACUUUGCGAAAUACGCGAAUUAAAUUCAUGGGUUAGCUGCUCUUCUUCGAAUUUAUCGCCAAAUUGUUAUGAUAGCUCGAAUGAUAUAUCGACAGCGAAUAAUUUUCAAAUGCAUGGAAACGAUAUGUACGGAAAUGCGAUCGGGAGUCCUAACUUUCUCCCAAGAACAAAUACAAAAUCGACAAGUCCCCCAAGUGCCUUUAGUCCGACUACCUCCGUGCCAACACUUUCCCCAUCAAAUUUCCCAAAUUGCCCAAAAGGCUCACCAGUCCCAUCCGGUUAUGAAAGCUGCUCAUCCACAUACAGCGAUACAUCAUCGUCCUCCCGAAGUGAGGCAUCAUUCGGCACUUUCAUCCACGGCCGAACCUACAGCCUCAACUUCCAAAUGCACCAAAUAUACAAUGACAAUUUAAUGCUACAACAACCUAAUCAUAUUCAAAGAUGGCUGGACCAAGAAUCGUCCAAUCCACCAGCAACCACUUCUUCCAUAGCUUUAUAUGCUUAAGUAAUUUUAUUGUAUAAUAAUACUUUUAAAUAGAAAUAUAUUAUUAUUAUAAUUAUUAUUAU